AUGCCCUUUUCCUUUUCCUAUGUUUGCGACCUACUGCAACGCCUUGAAGAUAAUCGGCUUGCUCGAUCAGGGUUGAGAAGCAACACAGUCAUUAUCCAGGAAUGGUUCAGAGGACACCACGGGUUUCUCCACCGUGACGACCACAAGAGCGCCCCUCUCCUCUCUGCCCUCCUACCGGAGAAAAGGACUGACAGGGUCUACUUUAUCCGAGAGAAGAAGCUCCAGGCCAUCAUCGGCCGUGCGCUCGGCCUGGGCCGGUCUCGUAUCGCAGAACUGGGAAGAUGGACCAACCCUGAGGCUGCCAUUGACAAGUUUCAGCCAAAUCCCAUUUCACCCACAGACAGGUCUGUGACGGUUGAGGAGAUUGAUGGGCUCCUCCAUAGCAUAGCUGCUGCUUGCCGUUUCAGCUCACCUUCUGUGCGUAGCUCAGCCGAAAACGGGCCCGCUGACCAGGAGCUCUCCCUCGGAGAGCUUUACCGGCGAUUGUCGGCCAGAGACGCAAAAUGGCUUACCAGGCUGCUCCUGAAGAACUACGAACCUGUUGUUCUCGACCAGCGAGUCGUCUGCGCAGGCUACCACCCUCUACUUCCCACUAUUCUGAAAGUCCAAGAUGACUUGGCUGUUGCUGGACGUAUCCUCGACACCCUCAAGUUGGACCGGACUGUCACUGGCAAAAGCGAGUUGGCAGAGUAUCUGAAGCCUACCCUAGGAGUCAAAAUUGGUCGCCAGAUGUGGAUGAAAGGGAGGAGCAUCAAACAUUGCUUGUCCAUGGUCCAGGGCCGGGUCAGUUGCGAGGAGAAGAUGGACGGAGAAUAUUGCCAGAUCCACAUCGAUCUCAGCAAAGGCCGGGACUGUAUCCAGAUCUUCUCAAAGAGUGGCAAAGACAGCACAAGGGACCGCAUGGCCCUGCAUGAUGACAAGCACCACAAGGUCCUGGGUUUCCACAAGAUCAGGAAACAUGUCUCUCGGUCUGGUUCUUUCCUAGGGACCGACAAGGACUCGCAGGCUCACCCCUGGGAGCAUCUCAUGAUCGUCUACUACGACCUGCUCAUGGUAGACAACGAAUCGCUUCUUGCUGUCAAGCACUCGGAGAGGUUCCAACGUCUCAAAAACGUUAUCACCCAAGUCCCCGGCCGAUCCUCGUUGGUGAAGCGAGAGUUCAUUGACUGUGGCAGGCCGUCUGCCGUCUCAGACCUACGACGGGUCUUUGCCAAGUGCAUCACUGCACGAGGAGAGGGUCUUGUUCUCAAAGCGGAUGACCCCUAUUUUGACUUUAACACCCGGUGGCAACCCUACCACUGCUGUCCGAUAAAGCUCAAGAAGGAGUACAUUGGGCAUUUUGGGGACAUUGGCGACUUUGCGGUUGUCGGAGCUCGCUUUGAUGCGGCAAAGGCCCGCACAUACAGCAUCCCGGGCCUCAAAUGGACGCACUUCUAUGUGGGUUGCUUGGAGAAUAAAGACGAGGUGCAGCGGUUUGGGAAGCAGCCAGUGUUUGUCGUCACAAAUGUUGUCGAGCUGAAUGCAAAACAGCUUGCUGCGUUUGUCUCAUCUGUGAACCCGGAGUCUAUCAGGCCAGAGGAAAACAGGGCUAUCUCUCUGCGAAUCGAGCCCGGGGUGGAUUGCGGAAAGCGCCCCUCGUUUAUUUUUCCCACACCCCCGGUGUUCGAUCUUUGCUGUUUUUCUUUUGACAAAGAAGGCAACACUGGUUUCUGGAGCCCAAGAUUCCCAACAGUCAGCAAGAUUCACUGCGACCGAACUUAUCACGACACCAUCUCCUUUGAAGAACUCCAAGAGAUGGCGGCGAACGAACGAAAAUCACCUCCUCCGGAAGACAGCCAAGAGCUUCUGGGCUGGAUUGCAGCUCUGGAGAACUCGGAAUCUAGACGCACUGGCGACACAGCAAGCCAGGCAACCAUUUCCACUGUCGCCGAGUCUGUGGCCCAGUCACCCCAACCGCCGAACCCCGGUAACCAGCAGUGUUUAGCUGCUCAGAAUAUAACAACAGAGGAGAUGGCCGAUUUUACCAGACAGUCCCAAAGCGCGCACGUCGCUGUCGCCGCAGAGCAGCAUCCCCGAGCGGAGCAAGAUCCAGCGCUGCUCCAGCGGCCGGGUAGCCUCCGUGGCCCCUCUGCCGGGCAACGACGGGGCGGCUCUCUCGGCGAGCCAGCCGGAGCCCUCCCUGGGCACCCAAAUGAGCCCGUCGCGCCGCGGUGCCGCAGCGGUGCUACCCAUGCUGCGGCCGUCACCGCAUGCCGAGGCGGCCGUGCCUUCGAGCUCCGCCCGGCGCACCAGGCCAACACGGGCAGCAGGAGGGAAGAGCCCCCGCCUUCCCUACAGGCAUCGCUCUCGUUCCACGAGGCCAGACUGCAGUCGUUUGCUGCCCGGUCCCUUGCGACGCUGGCGGGGAGCGGUCCUGCGGGAGCCCAGGAGGCAGGCCCCCAGCCGUCCGAGCAGCCCGCCGACCAGCCCAACCAACCCGCCCAACCCGACCAGUCCACCGACCAGGCUGUCAACAACGCCACCGUCGAGACGGCAUCUGCCAGGUGCCAGUUCCUCCCCGACACUUGCAAGUUCCCGACCUACUCGAUCCUCGUCUCGCCCUGCGUCGCCGGCUUCCCUUGGGUCACCGACAACCUGCUCGGCAGCCACGGCGUGUCCGAGUUCCUGCGCGACCCCAAGGAGUGGCUCGACACCCAACCCGGCGGCACGUCGACCCCCGCGCCCUCCGGCACCGGCAGCUCCGGCGGUCCGCGCCGCCGAGAGAAGAUCAUCAUCGUCGACCGCCGCCGCAAGAAGGCCACGGUCGAUUUCUUGCUCUCGGUCGAGGCGGCUGGGCUGAAGCGCCGCAACGGCGAACGUGAGUAUGUGCCUGCCUAUGACUGGCGCGUGCUGGAGGAGAUUUAUGUCGAGGAGAAGAAGCUCCAUGCCAACGGUCAGGCGCCUGGUUAUCAGUUUGAUCUAAACCAUGCGUCGAGCAUUUGGAGGAAGUUCUGGGUUGGGCUGGCUUAG